AUGGGCAAGACUGGCGACGAGGACAUGCUGCUGGUGGCACAUGGGUUGCGACUGGGUGCGAGGCCGUUUAUCCAAACCAAGAAAACCAAUAUUAGCUCUUUCGUCGGUCCCUCCCGGUGUUUGUAUGUGUUGUUUGUAGAUGAAUGUCCCAUCCGAGUAUUUGCAUGUUUUUUCCAGCCACAAAGUCAGACUCCGAGUUUGGAAGCGCCGCGUUGAGGUCGGUCUGGUGCCGCUUCAUUCCCAGUGCCCAGCGUCGAACAAUCUUUCUUUUAGUUGAUGCUCUUAUUUCUUAGAUCCUGGUGAACUUGACCUUGGCUUUGAUAGUAUCUGAUGUCAUGGAAGUGGCCAUCAAGUAUUCUAUGAAGCAUUUAUAGUUCGAGAAUUUAUCUGAGUCGUUUUUAAAGAUCGUAAAGCAACCAUUAAAUCCAUAGCUUUCUUCUCAAAGGGCUUUAUCAAGACUCUUUAGCUUUGGGCCUUUUUAUUAUAGUUCGAAUCUCAGAUGCUCUGAAAGAUUUUUUUUUGAACACUUUUAAGAAAACGGCGCGAGACAGCAACAUACUGUUCGACAAUAAACGAGCUUGUGUUAUGAAGAACGUCCGAAAAAAAAACAAUAUUCUUAUUUUUUCUUCAUCGCACCUUCAUUCAGAAUGACUGUAAGAAUGCGUACUUUUUUGAGAACUCCCUUUUUUUACCUAGAUCUGUAACAUUUUUCGCGAAAUCAAGGCUUCUUCAGAUUUUCGGUCUGCUAACAGUUCCCUAACACAAAUUCUGGGGGAUCUCAAAUCAGAAAAAAAAACACUUCUAGAUUUAUUGUUUCAGAGUUCCAGUCAUUCCAUAUACGAGAUUCAGAAUAUUCGAAAAAAUUGACCCCGUUGACUGGUAUUCUGGAAGAACCUAGUAAUUGUGAUACACCUUCAUAGAUCCUUUUUGAAUAAAUAUAUUAUCGAAAAUCCCUGAAAAGUCGAGAUUUGACUGUGUUGCUGAUGGGCGAAGAGUCGAUGGAGGGAUGACGGGGCGACGACCGCUCUCGACUAUUUGUUCAACGUCACCCCAAGGCAGAGCGACGGCAAUAAUCCAGUCGUCCGAGGCGACGGAAACGAGACCUUCGCAGGUGUCGGCUCACGGAUCGAGCCACGUGCAACACCUCAGAUCCGGCACUAUCCAGAAAACAUGUUUUCUCCUGCAGUCUGGCCUGUCUGCGGUCUCUUUUCUCUCGAAGAUUGGAAAGAAAUGGGAACGUGAAUCGAAAAAAGGAGAUCAACAGAGCAAUCCAUGCCAAACUGAUUCGAGAAGCGGCUCUGUACGCUCUCAAAAAAAGAAAAAAGGUUAUAGUGCAUCCCGUGAGAGACGACCACGUUUUAAAAGAACAGGAGAAGAAAAGCUACCGUAAACAGAGUUUUUUUUUGCUCUAAAUAACUACGAAAAAAAAAAUUUAAUGGAAAGAAUUUCGUGACAGUUGCAGAAAGGAAGAAAAAUCUCAAUAAAAUACACCUCUAUACAAGGAAAUAAACUUGAGAUUCAAAUGCAAGACAAAAAAAAAAUCAAUAAAUUGAAACUAAUAUUCGAGGAAAAAUUAUAAAAAAUGUUUCCAGUAGGAAGAAGUUGGCGGGUCGGAACUUCCUGUAUAUUUUGAUUUUUUUCAACCACAUUUUUGAGUUUUUUUAAAAAUGUGAUCUUGACUUCAAAUACCGCUCAAAAAAAUUUAAACUUAAAAAAAUUUCUAGUAAAAUGUUUUCUAAAAAAAUGCAAACCCCCAAGGAUGACCUAGUUGGCGCUUUUUGGAAGAAAUGCGAUACCUUGAUUGAUAUCCUCGAGGCAAAAACUUGUCGAAAGAAAAGUUCUUCAAUUUUUUGCGUAGAAAGACAGUUUCCGGUCCACGUUGCCAGUUGAAAGAUGGCCUGCCGGUUUUUCUUCUUGACUUUUUGUGUUCAAAAAAACUUGUGAAGGAUCACAAACGAUGAGAAAAAAGGGGAAAAGUCACUGAAGCUCUUGAAACCUAAAAUGAACUUCUUGGUUCCUGUAAUAAAUAUUCUUUUCUUCUUUUCUUAAUUUCUUUUCCAUGGUUUUAAAUAAUCAUCCAGCUGACGAUAUUUUUGCGGUACAGUAAAAAAUCAGAGCAACCUCAUCAGAAAUCGAAGUUGAUCCAUAAUUGAACAUUCUUCGAGUUUUUCAAAACACCUCGGACCGGACGCUUCUGAGCGAUUCUAGGAGUCACUUAAGAGCGCUGGCGCUACUAAACUAGAAGUGCUCUGACACGUUCAGGACGGUUCCGGAUCGCGUUACCAAGGUCCAAGACUUCUUGAUUUUUUUCCUGUCGCUAAAGUGCGUUUAGGUAAACCCUAUGAAUAAAAAUUCGAACCUCUGUUUUAACGGCUAGGCAAGCCAAAAUUGUUGAUUUUAGUGUCUUUUUCUUUUUUUCAAUAAAAAAUAUGCAUUUUAAAGAAAAAGGCAUCAGCAACACUUUGAGAAGAUGUAUUUCCGGCGUUGUCAUUAUUCGAAUUUCCCAGGAACAAAGAAGAUCGAGAGAAGGACUUCCGAAUAGACGGAGGAAGUCCACAGGUGACCAUUGUCUCGUUGGACACACAAGACGACAAAGAAGGCCUACUUGGACCUUCUUCCGAGGGCCGCGUCGAGGGCCAGUCGAUGGCCGUCAAGACAUAA